UAAAGCUUUAAUUAACAGUUAUUUUUUUCACUAAACCAAGUAUUUUCUCUUCUCUCUAGAGUCAGUCUACUAUCAAAAUCUCUCAAAUUAAGGGUAUUUAUAGGAAAAUUUGUACUAUAAUAAUUAAGAAGAGAUGGGGAGAGGGAAAAUAGUGAUACAAAGGAUUGAUAAUACAACAAGCAGGCAAGUGACUUUCUCAAAGAGAAGAAAUGGACUUCUCAAAAAGGCUAAAGAGCUUGCAAUCCUUUGUGAUGCUCAAGUUGGACUCAUUAUUUUCUCCAGCACUGGAAAACUCUAUGAAUUUGCCAGCAACAGCAUGAGGUCUACAAUUGAUAGAUACAACAAGAUAAAGGAGGAGAAUAAUAACCUCAUGAAUCCCAUGUCAGAGGUCAAGUUUUGGCAAAGGGAAGUAUCAAGUUUGAGGCAGCAGCUGCAUUGCUUGCAAGAAAAUCACAGGAAGCUUCUGGGUGAAGAACUUUCUGGACUCAGCACCAAAGAUCUAACAAAUCUGGAAAAUCAAAUUGAAAUGAGUUUGAAAGGGGUUCGAAAGCAAAAGGAGCAGAUUUUGACCGAUGAAAUCAGAGAACUAAAUCGGAAGGGCAACCUUAUUCAUCAAGAAAAUGUAGAACUCUAUAAAAAGGUAAACCUCAUUCAACAAGAGUAUACAGAAUUGCAGAAGGUUUCGGAGCAAGGAUGUGGAAGUGAACCAAACGGGGGCGUUCAGGCUACACAUACAAUCAGAAACGGAUAUGAUCUACACGCACCAAUCAAUCUCCAGCUAAGCCAGCCACAAACACAGAAGAAUGGAACAUCAACAAGUGUAAUGCAGCUUGGGUAAAUUCCUAUCAGAAGAAUUAGCUACAACUGCACUACACAGAAGACUGACAGCUUUCUGUUUUCUCAAUUAGCCCUACCAUCUAAAAGAUACUUCUAUGAAACCCAUUCUUGAUCAAGCUAGAAGGUUCAUCAAGCCUGAUGGGAUCAAGGUCUGCAGAUAUGUUGGAUAGUUUUAUGAUUUAUGUGAACAUGCAGAAGUUAUCUAUGUAAAGUAAUUUAACUUAAACUAUGAAUAAAAGGUGAGGACUAUCAUUUGUCAAGGUUUGCUUCGGUA